AUGGCUAUCCUUGAUCCAGAGUACGGAAAGAUGUACAGCCAAUACAAACAAGCUACAGACAAUGUUCUGUGCUGGAUGAGGGCUCUCUACAACCGCCCGAGUACAAUUCCCCUGAACGAUCAUCUCCAGCUGGCCGUUUCAGCCGUUCGGGACGGAAUCCGAAUGCCUGAGAACAUGGCGGAAAACCUUGCAACAGCAUUCGAGCUACGAAAGAAGACAGCCGAGUUUCAUAGCCAAAGUGGAACAUCGGAUCACGGACACAACUACAUGAUCACAGUUCUUCAAACCAUUUCAACCAUCUUCUCCCUAUCAAGGCCGGCAACACCAGAACCGACUUCAGCAUGUGCCACAUUCCCGGCACCCGCUCCUUACAGGCAGGAGCACUUGACUCCUCGACCUCUUACUCCCCCUCAGCAGGGGUAUUUACCACCAUUUCCUUUUCAACAGGAAUGGUGCCCUCCUUCGUUCUGUGCAUAUGAUCAUCUCUAUCAAUAUCAACAACAGCCCUACGGCACCUCUCAUUCACCAGCUCCUUCUCCUUCACCAUCACUACCACCACCACCUGGCUUGUACCCACUUUGCCCAUCACUUCAGCCUCAAUCCUUUCACAUCAACCCAGCCUUCAGCAUGAGCACUCACAGCAUUGAUAUGCCAGCAUCAAUGUUUGAACGCGCUCCGGGCUAUUGA